AUGUCUGACACCGUCCCCGUCGCCGGUGUCGACGAGCUGGAGAGCCAUCUCGAUGCGGUCCUGGCAAACACAAGUCUGCCUCUGAACGAGAAGUUGUUUGACGACGUGGGCCUUCAGCUAUCCGAUGCCAAUACGGUCCCUUUGAUACCCCGGCUGCUACCCAAGAUCACCGCGAUUCUUCAGGUGUUCUCCGCUGAGCCGACCGUCCUCUGCGAAUUGACUAUGAAGCUACUUCGGCCUCUCACCUUCAGCCAGAUUAUUACCAUGACCACCCAAGAAGCCAUAAUUCAAGCUCUGCGAUCCCCCUGGCCGUCCGCCGUUAUCCUUGGCAUGGCCAUCCUCGAGAAAGCUCAAUCCCCCAGCGAAGCCACUAUUCUGGGCUCGAUGAAGGACGUCGUGUCCAGCUUCGUGGAGAGGUGGCUGGAUUGCCCUGAUGUUAGCGUGGGCGAAAUGGGAAACAGAACUCUGCUGGGUUUGCUGGAAAUCGAUUGCGACGUGCCAUUACCAGACGCCAACGGACUCUUGACAGUUGCACAACGGGAACCGCAAGGCCAGGGCUUCCUGUGGCGCAGGAUAUUCACAGAUCCCUCUAUAUACGUUUUGUUACUGUCGCUGACGACACGGGUUGGAGGGCUUCCAGAGAGACAACGAUGCCUCGCCCAAGGCCGCCUACUUCGCGUCUUACCUCGAAUGUCCGAGUUGAACCUACCCCGGCUGUGCGCAACCAAGUUCGACGACCUGAAUCGGCGUUGUGCGCAGGUCGAUGGAAAUUACGGUCUACUCCAGUUCGCGGCACUUCAUAUGGUGGACAAGACAGACGAACUCAUGCACCUCAUCCUCAUCGAUUUUUUCAAGUCUCUGGUUGCUGUUCAUUGCCAGACGCCUGACGCUGAUUUCAAGACCGAGACCAUAAAGAAAUUGGUGCACGAUGCAAAUGACAACAUAUUAAGGGAUGCGCUUCUGGGCUUUCCUUCCGAGGAUCCAGAUGCUGAAUCCGAAGUGGUUGAGAAGUUGACUUCCUUUAUAGACAAGGUGGUGUGA